AUGGAGCAGAACAACAGUGUAGAAGAUUUCUCCCUGAAUGUAUUUUCUGUCGCUCCUUAUCAGCCUAACAGAUCUGAUGUCCUGGUGUCAGAUGGUGAUAAAGCUGGUGCCACUUUGCUCUUUUCAGGUGUGUUUUUGGGGCUGGUAGGGAUCACAUUCACCGUAAUGGGAUGGAUAAAGUACGACGGCAUUACUCACCUGGAAUGGACUCAGUUACUAGGGCCUAUUCUGCUUUCUGUUGGGGUGACUUUUAUUCUGAUUGCUGUUUGUAAAUUCCACAUGCUUACAUGCAAAUCCUGUAAAGAAAGAGACGAAAAUGCAUCAGACAUCGACCAGAUGGCAAGUGGACAGUCCUUUGUUUUCACCGGAAUUAACCAGCCUAUAACUUUCCAUGGUGCUACAGUGGUACAGUAUAUUCCUCCACCAUACCCAGCUCAGGAAGGCAUUGCUGUGAACCCAGCCUACUUUCACCCUGUGCUCAGCUGCUGUGGUGCUGGUUCCUCUGGUGCCACACCAAUUCCUACCCCAGACUCUCCUCAGUUCUGCCCUGCUUACUCUCUCGAUAACCCAGCUUUUACUGAGGACGAGGACUAUGCUACUUACCCCCCAGAGGACACAAGGACUCAGAGGUCAGACGACAGUUCUGAUGAGCCAGAAGAAUUGCUAGAAGACUAUGCCUGCCAUGACCUAUCACCUCCCCGUUAUGAGGAAAUAUACCCACUGUCUUCAUGAAAAGUAUAAAAUAAGCAUGGACAAUGGACUGCACUUCUAAGAGAUGCCAGCUUUUCAAUUCCCAAGUAUCUUUCUUCUAAAUACUUGCAUGCUAAGCAAGUGUGAACAAGAGCUUCAUCCUGAUACGGAGUUCAGUAUCACUGAAGAAAUUUAACCAACUCCUUCUUGCAUUUAACCAAUCACUUCUUUUUCUCCCUCAGAAUUCACUAGCCCUUUGCUAUGCAGCAAAGCUAUUAUACUCAGGGACCAAAAUCCAUAUUAGGGUUCCUAAGCAAGGAGCCUGAAUAUCAGACCUAUUGAAAUCAGUGUGAGCUGUGAAUGUACAAGGGCUUUGCAGAAGGUCAUGACUGCUUCUGCAGUUUCCGCAUCAUUAGAAACCACUUGAUUUAUUCCUGAGCUAUUUUGCCUCUUAAUUGCGUGGGAAACUUCAGAAAUGCCCAAAGGUUUGAUAUACCAAAGUGCCUAUAAUAUCUUAAUCCUGUCUAAUUCCUUAGCCUACUCGCUCGCGAGUAAACCCAGUCCAUAGAUUAGACUUCCUCUGCUUGGUUUACCUGCAGGACCCAGUCAGCAGGCAUCCUCAUCCCCCUGUUUCCCAUCAAGAUUCCUUAUAAUUAAUAGCCCCAAGUGAAAAUGGCACCUUCCUGAAGCCUUGACAGAGGACUGUGGUCCUACCAGUCUUGAGGGCUUUAACAGUCGCAGCUCCUGUCUGCUGCAGCCUCACUGCAGAGGGAGAGCUGUGGUGCAAGCCCUCCUGAGGUCCCUUCUUUUCUGCACGUGGGGCCUAGGCACACAACUCAGGGCUGUAGGUCCUCCUAGAGCAUCCAGGUAACUGCAUCCUUCAGUGAACUUCUAUGCUCAAGUUCUGCUUUCAAGAUCAGUAUGAUCAGCUCUAAAACCUUGCAAUCCAGAGCAGUGGUCCUGAAAAGCCUGGCUCAAGGGGUUCUAAACCCCAAGACAAUAAAUAUACCAUGAGUCUUUUCAUUUUUAUUUUUUACUUCCACGCAUGCCUAAAGUUCAGCUUCUGAGUAUGCUUAGAAGUGCCCUGACACAGCUGCACAAGUCAGUACUUACUCUGUGCAGGAGCCCCACAGGUAUUUCCCGCCAAUCUCCCUUGAAGGGCUCAAGCCCAGAGCCACUCUCAGCCCAUGCCUGGUUGGGCAGGCAACGCACCAAAUGCUGCUAGAGGGCAAUGGUCACAGUCCAAGCAAGAGAGCUGUGCUGCUGGUGUGCACUCAGGCCAGUCUCCUGGCUUUGAAUCACAGUCGAAGGCAGCAAUCAAUUUCUGAAUGUGUGAACUGUCAAUUUGCCAACACAACUGUUUCAGUUCCAGCCAGUUGUCAUUAGUCUGUGAGGACUUCCUGCACUCAGAAACAAACCGCAUCCAGAGAGGCCCCCAGGAGCUAACAUGCCACAGAGCCCAGUGCACCCAGAUGCAGCCUGUGAAUGCUCAGGUGCUUUGGGCUGGAGGAGCCAGGUGCUGAGCAGGCAGAUGAAUACAGGAUGCACCUGGCUGCACAGCUGGAACGCACUAAGUGCCCACGCAGCCUCACUAGCGAUCAGGAUACAUAGCUCUGGAGGGAGAGAUGCAUUCAGGCUGUGCACCAGUUGUGUGAAGCUCCAGAUGCACACUGACCUCCCUGUCCUGCUUAUUUAGAAGACGCCAAGAAAUUAAGCUUUUUUGGAGGGGCACAAGAGACAGCAAGCUGCUAGAGUAAGUGCUGCGCUCUCCAGUGCUAGAAAUGACACCAAUAGAGGUCAUAUUUGGGACAGAGCAUUUAAGCUGACUCAAAGCGGGAUUAGCAACUGUAGCAGCAUCUACCAGACAGUGACUAUUAACCAAGUGCAAGGUUUUCUCACUAGAGAAAUAUAGGGCAUGAAGAAUUCAGCAUCAAUAGGCCUGCUGUUAGUGGGAAGCAUGUGUAGCUUGGAAAAGGCAGGUACUCUGUGUUCAGCCUAAUUUCCACAGGAUUAAGUAAGAGAACAGCAGGUCUAAAAAUAAAUGCAAGGUGCUCUUAUCGAAUCACUUGCUCCUCUUCCAGACUUUACACAGAGGUGAACUCAUCCUCUGCAGCAGGAAACUGGAAGGUCCCAAAUCCUCAGUUAGCUCCACGUGGACAGAUCCCUGCACUUAGUACACAGCUUGCUGACGAGUGCUGCAGGAAGAGAGGUUAGGCUUGAUGAAGCCAAAUGUGGGAUCAAAAUUUUUAUCCAACCUCCCUCCCCUGCAACAAGAAAAUGCCUUCAGUCACAAACCAGAGACUUUUUUUGCUGCUUUUUUUGCAAAUACAUGGAAAGGUAUGUUUCAUGGAGUAAUCAUGGCUUUAUUUUUAUGAUGUCAAGUCAUGUUGUCAGGGUAAACGUGAGAAAUCCAGAAAGUUGCACUUGAGAUUGUAUAUGGGUUUUCAAG